UUUAAAUAAUUUUUUAAUUUAAUCAAUGGACCCUCACGGUGAUGAUGAUGAAUAAGUAGGAGAAGACUAUAACCCAGAAUAAGAAGUGUUUGUAGGAGAAGGGUAGGCUACUCUUCCUUAACUACCUGUUUAAACUGGAGAGGAAAAUGAUGAAGAAGUAGCUAAAUUCCGAGCUAAAAUUUAUAGAUUUGCAGAUUCUUAAUGGAAGGUAAUAUAUGCGAUUUACUCUUAGGAAAGAGGUGUUGGAGACAUGAAAUUCCUUAAAAAUAAAUAAACAAAUAAAAUCAGAUUACUUAUGAGAUAAGACAAGACAGGAAAAUUAAUUGCUAAUCAUUUCAUCACAGCAUAAGAGGGAUUUUGCAAAUUAUCCUAAUUGAAGACAGCCGACAAGUCAUGGAUAUGGACAUGCUAUGACGCUUCUGAUGAACAACCAAAAGUUUGGCAAUUGUGUGUUCGAUUUACUUCACCAGAAGAAGUCGAAAGAUUUAAAACAGAAUUCGAAAAAGCCUAUGAAAGCAAUAAGGCCUUGUAAGAGGAAGUUCCAAAGAAGGAAUGAAUUAUAAUUGUCAUUAUUAAUAAUCAUACAUUAUUUAUUUAUGAA